UUUCCAAUAUGUAAAUUCUACAAAUCGCGACCCUUCGUCUUCUUCCCCGAGCAUGCACUUAAACUUUUAUAUGAGCUAACCCGUCUCUUUAAAUCCUCCUAUUUACACAAAAGUACAAUUCAGCCAUGGCAGGAGCAAAUUCCAAAAUCACUCUCAAGCUACUCAUCGAUGCUCGCAGCCACAAAGUACUCUUCGGCGAGGCUGGUAAGGAGUUCAUAGACUUUCUGUUCAGCCUUCUCGCUCUCCCACUGGGCUCUGUCAUCAAGCUCCUCUCCCCUUCAACAAUGCCUGGAUCCAUCGGAAACCUAUAUCAAAGCGUAGAGAAUCUUAGUAAGGCCUAUCUUCUCGCAAACAGAGACAAAUCUACUCUGCUUCAGCCCAAAAUGUUCCUUUCUGACCUAAACAGCCCUCUGCUACUCGACACUCAACCUAGUGCGGAGACAACAUACUACCUCUGUAAUAAUUGCAAACAAAAAAUUGCUACUAAGAAGAACAAUUUGUGCCCAAAAUGCAAGGUGGUUAUGGCCAACGAAGUCACUGUCGUGCUGCCAUCGAUGUCUGAUUCGGCUUCUACUGGAGCUGGAAAUGAGGAGGAGAGUGUUGGAGGCUUUGUGAAGGGAGUAAUCACCUAUAUGAUUACAGAC